CCCACACUCACACUCACACUCACACCCACACCCACACUCACACUCACACUCACACUCACACCCACACCCACACCCACACCCACACCCACACCCACACCCACACCCACACCCACACCCACACCCACACCCACACCCACACCCCACACCCUGAAGCCAUGAAAAAUAAUAAGAAGGUUAAACAGAAGAACUUGUCUAAAAAACAAAAAAGACAAGCUAGAACAACAACAGAAGUUCCAAUAAUUAAUGAACAUGUUGUUAAUAAUAAUACAAAGACGCGAGGAAACAACCAGCGUCAAAUAAGUUUUUCUGAUUUUGAAAAAGAAGAGGAAAAUGAUAAUGAGAAAUCACCUUCUUUAAAUAAAGAUAAACGAAAAUGUAAAAGUUAUUUACAAACUUUUAAAAUUCUCGCUUAUCUAAAAGAUCGUGUAAAUAAAGAUAAUAAAAUAAAACUCGACUUUAAAGAUGUUUUCAAUGAAGUAUGUGAAUAUGCAAAAAAUACCAUUGAAACAUAUGAUAGUUGGGUAUGUAAUCAUUAUGAAGCCCAAGUCUGGCAACAUAUCUAUGAUUUAGGUAAAGAAAAAGAUCAUUGGGCUAAAGAAGUAGUAAAUACAACAUAUACACGGGAGGCUAAGAUAAAUGUGUCAAUGUGUGAGAAGAAAUUAGCACAAUUGACAACGACAUGUUUCGAUGCUGAUAAUAUAAUUACACGAAAUAUGCGAGAACUUUCAUCUAAAACAGCCACUGUUGCUACACAACGAGUACAUGAUCUUAUACUUGAUUAUGUUAAAGAGGCUACACAAGGCUUAGCUAAAAUAAGCAUUAAUAGAAUUCGUCGUGCUUCAAUUGAAAAAGACGAAAGGGAUGCUCUAAAAACAUUUGAAAAUGUUGCAUCAGAACAACAAAAAAUGUAUGCUAAAACCUUUUGUAAACCGGCAUUAAUUAACUACCAUAAGAAAAAGAAAAAUUUUGAAUUGGUAGCUGCACAUAUAUCAUAUGAUAUAAUACCGAAAAUCUUACCGCAGUAUGACUUUAAUCUUCCUGUGGACGAAAAUUCACUUACAAGUGAACAGACCCAGGAAUACAGAAAAAGCAUAAAUAAUUUAUCAAAAGAUUUUCGACUUAAAGCAACAGAACUCUAUCUGAAAAUUGUCAAAGAAGAAUAUGAAUUUCAAAAAGAAAGAUUACAAAAACUUAUUGAUGAUUUUCCACAAGAUAGAUAUGAAGUACCAUCAACACAAAUUGAUACAAAUAUUGUUGUUGAUGAUGAGGAUGAUGAUGAAGAACCUUUAGAGAAUGGAGUUUUUACUCAAAAACCAUUAUCAAAACGACAAGAAACUAUAAACAAUCAAAAAGCUACACAAACGGUCAUAAGAAAAACUGAUAAAUCGAAAGUUUUCCAUCUUGGUAAACUUGAUGACUAUAAAGUGAAAGCUCAAACAUAUAUGAUUAAUACUAAAGCUUAUCAAGAUUUGGGUACAGUAAACCCACUUGAAUCUUUAGUUGAACGUACAAAUAAUUUCCUUUAUGGUUUAUGGGUUAAUAAACAUAUUACACAAAAACAAUAUGAAAACUUCAAAGUAGGAAAAGAUGAGGCGGAAUUAGCCCAUCUUUAUUUCUUACCUAAAGCACAUAAACCAGGAACACCAUUAAGACCUAUAAUGUCUGGUCUUAAGUCUCCAACUAUAGAAAUAUCUAGAUGGUUGGACAGUUUAUUAAGACCAUUGUUCGAUCGUCUAACCAUAAAUACGACCGUUAAAAAUGGCCUUCAACUAAUACAACAAGUUGAAAGAUGGUCGGCUACUUACCUUACACGAGCCACAUCAUUUGUAACAAUGGAUGUUACUGAUUUAUAUACAAUGAUUCCGCAAGAAGGUGGAGUAACAGCCAUAAAAAAACUAAUGGAGGCAUCUGGUUUAAAACAAAUCGAUGGUGUUAAAAAAGAGAUUCAGGGAAAUGGAUUUUUUCAUUCAAAUCCAGGGCAAGCCAUAUUACAAUGGUAUAUUCCAUUGCACCAUUUUAAAGGACGUAAAAUAUGA